AUGCAUGGGUGGCCAAGGGAAUGCCCAUGGCUAGCUUAUUGUGGUUAUUUGCCAUCACGCAAAAUUUGGCAAUUGAGGAAGAUAAUUGAUACUCAUAGUUGUAGUAGGCAACUUAAUAUUAAACUGAUGAAUGCUAAGUGGUUAAGUCAGGAAAUAGAUAGAUCUUUAGUUGAAAAUCCUAAUUUAAAGGUGAAUGAUAUUCGUACUAAAGCAUUAAGAAAAUGGAAUACAAAUGUGUCAAUAUCCAAGGCAAGAAGGGCAAAGUUAAUUGCCACAAGACAGGUUGAAGGAGAUUUCAAAGAACAAUAUAAAAGGGUGUACGACUAUGGACAUGAGCUGUUGAGGUGUAACCCAAAGUCAACUGUGCAGAUUAAAGUUGACUCUCAUAUUGGUGACGCAAUCUUUCAAAGAAUGUAUGUUUGUCUCAAAGCUUGUAAAGAUAGUUUCAUAAGUUGUAGGCCCAUUAUAUGUUUAGACAGAUGUUUUUUGAAAGGUGUUUACAAGGGGGAGCUGCUGACUGCUGUUGGUAGGGACCCAAACGAUCAAAUGCUACCCCUUGCCUAUGCAGUAGUAGAAGUGGAGAACAAAGACAACUGGACAUGGUUUUUACAAUUGUUAAUUGAAGACCUCGAGGGCAGUGAUGGGUUGGUCCUAGCUAUCCAGGAGCUUUUGCCUCGGGCAAAACAAAGAUACUGUGUAAGGCACCUGUAUGCAAACUUUAGGAAAAGGUUUGGUGGGCAAGUAUUAAAAAAUCUGAUGUGGACGGCUGCAACCAGCACAUAUCCCCAGGCUUGGGAGAGAGAAAUGCUCAAAAUUAAAGAAGUCAACAUUGAAGCCUAUAAAUACCUCAUAGGCAUUCCCCUAAGGUUUUGGUCAAGAUCUCGCUUCACAGGUCAAGCAAUGUGUGAUACCCUAGAUAACAACAUCACUGAAGCUUUCAAUAGUGUUCUUAUACAUGCAAGAGGAAAACCAAUUAUCACAAUGAUGGAGGAUAUUAGAGUGUAUGGCAUGAAAAGGUGGGCCACCAACAAAACCAAGGUGGCAUCUAUGGACUUCACAAUUUUUGAGGUUAGGCACACUUCAUCUGUUGGGAACAAGUUCACACUAGACCUAGACACUAAAGAGUGUAGCUGCAGAAAGUGGUUGAUUAGUGGCAUCCCAUGCUGUCAUGCAAUUGCAACAAUGAACUACUCCAAUGUUGAUCCAGACAAUUUUACACCCACUUGCUUCAGAAGACCCACAUAUGAAGAGGUGUAUGCGUCCAUAAUUUUUCCACUCAAUGGUCCUCAACUAUGCGAAACCACACAUUUCAAUGAUGUACUACCACCAAUGAUGAGGAAGUUGCCUGGGAGGCCAAAGAAAAAAAGGAGGUUAGAGGCAUGA